AUGUUUGCAGCUCGGCCACGCUUUGUUCCUCUGCUAAUCGCUUGCCUUUGCUUGGGCGCUUGGGGGGCACCCGUCAGGGAGCAGGAGGCGGAAGUUGAUCCGGAGCUUACGGCUGGCUACUUCCAGGGCGACAUGGAUGUGGAGGUUCAACGAAAUGGAGAAAUAGCCCCGGCCCGACGCUGGGCCAAUGCCACAGUCCCCUACAAGAUAGACGAGGCCUUCAACUCUGAGCAAACGGAACAUAUUAAGCUGGGAAUGCGACGCAUCGAACUGGUCUCCUGCAUACGUUUUGUUCCGGUUCCGCCGGAAACUUUGGACUAUGUGUUCAUCACUGUCUCGGAGACUGGUUGUAGUUCCAAGGUUGGCUACCGCGGCGGCGAGCAGACCCUCAAGCUGAAGCCGGCCGCCGUGGACGUCGGUUGCUUUCGACUGGGCACCAUAGAGCACGAGCUGCUGCACACUCUGGGCUUCCAUCAUCAGCAAUGCAGCACGGAUCGCGAUGAGUACGUGAAAAUUGUUGAGGAGAACAUAACCGAGGGCAAGGAGGGCAACUUCAAGAAGUACGAAGCGGACCGAGUCGAGAACUUCGAUGUCAAAUACGACUAUGGCAGUGUUCUGCACUACAGCAGCAACGCCUUCUCAAAGAAUGGCGAAGCCACAAUUGUCGCCCUGCAGCCCGAGGGUCAACAGCAAAUGGGCCAAAGACUUGGGUUGAGCAAAGCCGACAUACUCCGCCUCAACACCAUGUACAAGUGCCCGUUGCAGGUGUAAA